AUGGUCAAAAGCUAUCCCAAGAUCUUACUCUUAGGCGACUCGCUCACCGAAGGGGCUUUCGGUGUCGACGGCUACGGUUCGGCCAUGGUCGCGGAUUACGCCGCCAAAUGCGACGUCUUGAACCGCGGUUUCGGGGGAUAUAAUUCGCGUACGGUCCUUCAGAAGAUCAAGGACGGUGAAUUCGAAAACGGAGUCGAAGCGGGACAAGCAUCACCGACUCCCAUCAAGCUGGUCGUAAUCAACCUCGGAACGAACGACAGCAACGCCAACGCGGUGCCUAUCGAAGAAUUCGUGUCCAACCUGACCGCGCUCGUCACCUUCUUCAAGAAAACCCACCGAUCAGACGUCCUCCUCCUCACACCCUCGAUGUGCGACCCCGAAGCGUUCCUCGCAUUCCUACACAGCCGGGGCAUCGCCGUCGAGGAUACCGGCAAGAGCAACGAGACCAGUCGACAGUACGCCGAUGCCGUGCUCCAGGUCGGGAGGGAGACUGGAUCGCCAUCGGUGGACUUGUACGAGUUGUUCCUGCAGGUCAAGCGGGACGGGGUCAGGGAUGAAGAACUGUUUACCGAUGGCUUGCAUUACACCCCGAAGGCCUAUCGGAUAUUGCUUGAGAUCUAA